AUGGCUGCCGCACCCUUUGACAAGCCUGGCGCCGGCAGCUCCUACGCCUUCGACAUCUAUAACGACGCUCCCUCUCUGCGCGCCAGUCUUCCCCCCGCCCUACCCAGCGGUCCAUGCAACUACACCGACCAAACGCUUCCGCGAUGUGGUUGUCGUCGUUUUUGGAGCCGCGCGUCCUUCUCCGGCUCCGGUCCUAGUGCUGGCGCCAGCGGGCAGCAGGACCCCGGCGCCAUGCCCUCCAACCUGGCCGAGGUCUGCAUGUGCUCGCACCAUGCCUGCUUCCAUGAGGACCUGCCGCCUACUACUGCUGCCCAACCGACACAGGCUGCCUCGGGAGCUGCGACGAACCCCGCGACUCAGGUAGGACAGGAGAACCAGCGGCCGAAGGGACAUCGAGAGCCGCUGAGCCCGUUGCAGGACUUCCAGUCGUUCCAGAUGCCUGCUAGCCUCGGUGCAGCAUUGGAUUUUAAUCUGUUGGAGUUCCAUAACCCCGGAAGUCUACCGCGGUCGGCGGCGAUCGAGGAGGCCCCUCGGCCGGCGGAGAGCCAGAUCCCGGAUACGUGCAUUGGCUGGGGGGAUUUGAUGCCGCCCCCGCUAAUCCGGAGCGACAACAAUCAUUCGCCGAUGCCCGCGCAGUCUUUUGUGACGCCCCCGCGGCCGCCAUCGACGGCGUCGUCGAGCCAGCUGCGCUAUCUCAAACCAUUCGCUGGCAAGGGGCUGCAGACCCUGGGCCCUCCGAAGGAUGCCCGCCGGCCGGCGCAGAAUGCUGAUGACGGCGAUCCCGAUGCGACACAGGAUGCUGCGGAGGUCAGCGCGCGGGAUUUGACUCCUCGGCCGGAUCCUGCCGCGCUGCAGAAGCUUUCGGAGAGGGUUGAUACCCAUGAGCAGCGGCUUGGGAGUCAUGAACAGCGUCUUGAGUCGCACUCUCAGCGUCUGGACAAGCUGGAGAGCACAUCCUUCUCGCUGGUGCCUAGUCAUGACGAUUGCCACGAGCGCUAUGACAACGUCGACCUGCGCGUGGCCGAUCUCGAGAACCGCGUGGAAGAGAUGGAGAAACGUCUGGAUGAUAACAUGAGCGUGGUGGCUAGCCGUCGCGGCGCCGGCGCAGACGAUGCCACGGCCAGCGUCGUCUCUGUUGAUUCGAACGCUACUGUGCGCGGAGGGGAGCUUUACACGAAGUUACAGGCUCUGGAGGCGACCGUCAAGCAGCUCCAGGCUGUCGCGCCCCCGACCUAUACCAAGCCGUGGGAGGUAGAAGUCGUCUUCCUGCCCUUCCCUCUGAAAGGCAUCUGGGUCUCGGCGCGAGAGUUCUCCAACCGCAGACGGUCGACCGGCGACGACUGGACGCAGAUGCCUAACACUCUAAGCCGGUCAACCCCCGAUCCCCAGUCGCCCAAGUUCCACGAGUGGCCUGGCCAGGCACCCGACUCAAACGCCCUCCUGCCGAAGGCCUUCCCUCCGGGAAAAGUCAUCGACCAGCGGCUCAAGAGCCGCGGCUUCAUCAAAACUAUUCUCGUGCGCGGGCCCGACUUCCGAAGCGUCGACCUCGCCGUGCACGAGGCUUUCGUAGACAUCUUCCGCAUCGCAACCCCCGCCCCGGGCCUCAGAGAGGAACUGCUCGCAGGCGAGUACGCCCUGUCCCGCUACCAAGCCCUCCAGCACCCCUGGAUACCCCUCCGCAAACUCCACAAGGACUCCCGCUUGCGCUUUCUUGCGCCGCAUGAACUCAUCACCCCGGGCCUCUGGACCUUCGAGUUCCUCGUCUCCUCCGUCGUCAUGAAAUCGACACCGAUUCAAAGACUCUACAUCACCCAGCCCGAGGCCUACCUCCAAGACCACUACAUCGGACAAGUCUCGUUCGAAAGCGGCUGGACCUGGCACAAGAUUCGCCAGCUCAGCCGGGUGUAUCCCGACUCCCAAUGCAGCGGCAGCGAGCUGUCUGCCUCGGCCAAGCCCCCGGAAAGUGACGUCCCCGAGACGUGCUGGCAAUAUCAUGACCGCCUCGAUGACCCGCCUCAUCAACAGCCGCCGAAUCAGUCCCUGCGUCUGUCGACGCAUCUCUCCCGCUCCUCCGCGGCUGCGUCGUCGAGACCCUCGUCAACGGAACCGUCCUUCUACACGGGUAUCCAGUCGCCCAUGAUGUCGAGCGCGUCGGCCCUGCUAAGAGGGCAGUCGCCUAUGCCGGGGUCCUCCGCCCCCAUCCAACAGCGGGUGGAGAGAAAGACGUCGGUACCGCCGAGGCUCAGAUUGGGGUCUGUUCCCCCCGAGGGGGUCGGGGUGUCCAUGUCGAGGGCCAUGCCCUCUCCUGCGCAAUCUAGGAGGAGGAUGUCGCAUGCUACGCCUUACGAAAGACGACAGUCGCCAUUUGUGAGUAUGGGCGGCGCAAGGCCCAGCCCCAGACCAAGUCCUCGGCUGAGCUACGCCCACGCAGCAGCCGGGUCGUCGUUGUCAUCGUCUGCUGCUGCUGUCGUGGCUGGACAUGGCUACAACAAGAGGAGGUUUGCCACCAAGUCCCCCGCGCCGAGCAUCAUUCAGCGAAACACCCCCCGCUGGAGUCGGACCAGUUUGUCACGAUCACCGUCGCUCGCGCCGAGCGGGCCGUAUGGGUAUGAUAACAAUCGGGAUAAUCGUGACAGGGAGAGAGAGAGGAGGGGCACGACGCCAGGGUUUUAUUACAACACUCCGCAUAGUGAGGCUGUGCCAGAGCAUGUGUAUGGAUAUCAUCGCGCGGGAAGCAGACCUCCUCCUCCUCCUCCUCCUCCUCCUCCUGUGUUGAGGAGUGGCUAUGAGGACGAUGGUGAGGAAGAGGAUGAGGAGAUGACCGAUUUGAGUUGCUAUGAUGAUGGGAACGGGUCGGGGACGGACCUCUACGACGACGACUUAACUGCGGGAGAGGAGAAUCAUGGCCGGAGUAGUGGAGGACGGUCUUCGGGACGCAGUUCCCGCCGGCAUAGUGGGUAUUAUCAAGAUGAGGACGGGGACUUGGAUUUUGAUGUGUACGAAGAUAUGGAGGAUGAUGAAGAGGAAGAAGAUGAGUUAGACGGGAUUGAGACCGAUGGCGGCCAGCCCAAUCACUACCGUUCUCUUCACCCCGAGUGGCAUGGCUUUGGCAGUCGUCAGCGCUCUCAUCGUUCCUCUUAUCAUCACCAUCAGCCGCAAAUCCUCUCCUCCUCUCCUCAGGGGCCCCUCCGACCAGAGGACAUCCCCUGGGCAGGCAUCGAAGAUGCCCAAGAACAAAUGCAUAACCCCCAUCAUCGCAGCUACCACAACCACAACAGUUCUUUCGCCGACGACGAAGACUUCCCGAUGGACUCCGACAGUGAGAACCACGAACCAACCUCUUCCUCCUCCUCCUCCUCCUCCUCCCCCUCUUCCUCCUCCUCUUCCCCUUCUUCAUCUACCCCCGGCCCCUCAUCCGCAUCCUCCUCCUUCGCAAGCGCCCAACAACAACCCCACAGCCACCACAACCGCCCCGCCCGUCGCAGCCUAAGCAUAAUCGAAAUUCACGAAGACGACCCCACUACCACAGGGGUUUCGGCACACGAUAUGACGACUACUACCACGACCACCACAACGAGUGGGAAUGGGAGUGAGCGUGAUGACGACGACGACGAUGAUGAUGAUGAUGAUGAGGAGGAGGAGGAGGAGGAGGAGGAGAAGGGAAGUGAUAACGAAAGUCGGGAUUUAGCACUGCAGGAUGCUGACGUCGAUGGCGACGCCGAGCUCCGGGGCAAGGACGAGGGGGAGAGGGAGGAGGUAGAGGAAGAAGACAUAGAAAACGACGCGAGCGUGAGCUCCAGCCCGGGAUCUAGUUCUCAAGCGCCGAGCGAAUACUCGAGCCGACCGCCGCCGGGAGCUUGGGCGGUUGUGCAGCAGCAUUAUCAUGCUCACCAACCCCAUCAUCAUGGCCAUCAUUAUCAUGCCCACGGCCAUCAGAGACAUCACUCUAGCAGCAACGGCGGCGGCGGCGGCGGUGGGGGAAAACAUCAACUUCUGUUAGGGCCACCGCUUAAUGUGGGGAUUAGCACAACCGCUGUGCCAACUGCGGGCUCUUUGCCAGCCCCUGCUCCAGCAGCUGGGAGCGGAAAUGGAGGGGCGAUGACGGCAAUGGGCUUCCAGAUCCAUGAGGACGCCACUGCGACGGAGGGGAGGAGGGAGGAUGAGGGCGAUUGGCCUUGA